UCCGUAAAGUGUGUUGACAUAAGACAUAACUUACAAUCAGGGAUACAGAGCAUUCACUGGCAUUCACAAAAAACAUGGCGCUCUGUUAUACGAGGUUGUUCUGCCGACGAGCCAUCGAUCUUCGGAAAUUUCGACAUUUAUACACCUGCAGCUCACUCAAUGUUGCUGUCUCGAAACCGUUGUGUGCUGGAAGCAUAGUUUGUGAAUCUCAUGAUGAGAAGAAUAUGCGCCUCAAGCGGCCUAUGUCACCACAUUUGACCAUUUAUCAACUUCAAUUAACUUCCGUCCUCUCAGUGUCACAUCGCACAACGGGUAUUAUAUUAUCAACUUAUGCUGUGGCACUUGGUUUAGGGACAUUGGUUAUUCCUGGAGGUAUUCCGUGUCUCAUAGAAAUGAUUCAAGAUUUAAACUUAGCUACUCCUGUUCUUUUCUUAGCAAAAACUGUGUUAGCUCUACCUGCUACAUACCACACAUUUAAUGGAUUUCGUCAUUUGGCCUGGGAUAUGGGAAAGUUCCUCACAAUUAAAGAAGUGUAUAGCACUGGCUAUACAGUAAGUGCAUUGUCAAUAAUUUCUGCUGUUCUUCUUGCUGCACUAUAAGUUUGAAUAAUGACCUAGUCAAGUUGUGAUAAAAGUUCUAUUAUAAAUUAUCGGUAUAUGCGGAUCAAUAAGUUGUAUCUUGCACUUUGAAAACUGUAUUAAAACUAAAAGGAACACAUUGUUUUUGACUAU